GUGAUUCCUGAACAGAAACAGUGGAGGGUCAAGGGGGAAACAGAAGGAAGUAAGGAGGGGAGGAUUAUGCUCUGUAUCGGAGAAGAGAACAACCGGCCCCCAAGGUCAAGUGUAACGGUCCCUGAGGUCCCUAAGAGACCUAGUUCAAGCGUAUGCAAGAUUGUCGACGUGCAUCACCAAUAAUGGCCCCAAGUAAGAAAAAAAAGGUGGAAAAGGAAGGCGGUAAGAAGAAGGCGAUGAUUACAGUGGAAGUUAAAAAGAAAAUGAUCGAGAAGCAUGAGCGAGGUAUGCGAGUGGCCGACAUUGCAAGAUUUUAUAACAAGUCUACGUCGACGAUUUGCACAAUAUUAAAGAAGAAAGAAAACAUAAGGGGGCUAGAUGCAGCAAAAGGAGUCACGAGAGUAUCAAAGCAACGGCCACGUGUUCUGGAAGAUGUAGAAAAGUUGCUUCUCAUCUGGAUAAACGAGAAGAAACGAGCAGGUGAUAAUGUGUCCGAGAGCAUUAUCUGCGAGAAGGCAAAGGCCUUGUAUGUGGACCUUGUGAGUAAACAGCCAGGUACGUCGCAAGAAAACGAAGACGGCUUCAAGGCGAGCAGGGGAUGGUUUGAUAACUUUAAGAGAAGAAGUGGCAUCCAUAGUGCUGUGAAGCCCGGAGAGGCUGCGAGUUCUGACGCUAAGGCAGCUGAGGUGUUCGCUGCAGAGUUCCAAAAGCUCAUGGUUUUCGAUUGUUACCUGCCGGAGCAAGUUUUUAGCUGCAACGAGACGGGGCUUUUUUGGAAAAAGAUGCCAAAGAGGACCUACCUUACAGCAGAAGAGAAUGCAAUGCCCGGUCCCAAGCCCAUGAAAGACCGUCUCACCCUCUUGUUUUGUGCUAAUGCAAGCGGGGAUUUCAAAGUCAAGCCCCUGCUCGUGUAUCAUUCCGAGAAUCCACGCGCCUUUAAGAAAUACCAUGUGGAGAAGAGCCAGUUAAAUGUUAUGUGGAGGUCCAACAGCAAGGCUUGGGUCACUCGUAUCUUGUUCGUUGAGUGGAUCAAUGAGGUCUUCGGUCCUGCAGUGAAGGAAUAUCUUUUAGAAAAUAAUCUGCCACUCAAAGUCUUGCUGCUAAUGGAUGAUGCUCCUGCUCAUCCUCCAGGCGUACAAGACGACUUACUGGAGGAAUUCAAGUUCAUUAAGGUCAAGUUCCUUCCCCCCAAUACCACUCCACUACUCCAGCCCAUAAAUCAGCAGGUCAUUUCCAACUUUAAAAAGCUUUACACCAAAGCACUCUUUCAGCUAUGCUUCGAGGUUACCGAAGGAACAGACCUUAGCCUCCGAGAGUUUUGGAAAAAUCAUUUCAACAUCGUAAAUUGCCUCAACCUCAUCGAUAACGCCUGGAAUUGGGUCAGCAAGAGAACCCUCAAUUCUGCUUGGGGAAAUCUGUGGUCUGAUUGUGUUCUUGGACAUGACUUUAACGGGUUUGAUCAGGAACUGGAGCCGCCAGUUGUCCAUCAAAUUCUGUCCUUGGGGGAGAUUAUGGGACUGGAGGUGAAUGAGGAAGACAUUGAAGAACUGUUGGAGGAAUAUGGCCAGGAGCUGACCACCGACGAACUGAUGGAUCUGCAUCGCGAUCAACGGCUGGAGGUUAAGGAGGAGAUCUCGUCUGAAGAGGAGGAUAAAAGGGCACAGGAAUCCCUCACUUCAAAUGAGAUUAGGGAGAUGUGUAAAAUGUGGGAAAAAGUGCAACAUUUUGUAGAAAAGUACCACCCGAAUAAGGAUGUAGCAGUGCAAACGAUAAAUCUGUUUAACGACAAUACAAUGUCGCAUUUCCACCAAAUCCUCAAAAGGAGACAAAAACAAGUGUCAUUGGAUAGAUUACUUGGUAAAAUUAGUGAUAGACGUCCUACACAAAAUCCCUCCUCCUCCCCCUCCCCCUCCUCCUCUUCUCUUCUUUCUCAUCUCCCUCACACCAACUACGAUUCCUUUCAAAGGCAAAGUGCAGGUUAAUUUUCUUUUAUUAUUAUUUACACUUUAUACUGUAUUUUACAUAACUGCAAUCAUUUUUAUAUGAAUAAAUGGUUGUGGAACGAA